AAUAAAAAGAAUACAGCAUAAAUUAAGUACUUUUUUUUUGUUUCAAAAUGUUUCGGCGUUCCGCAGUAAUGUUGUGUAAAAACACACAUGCACACAUACGUGCAUGUAAUUGUUGUAUGCAACCUAUGAUCAACUUUAGAUUUAGAUCGCUUUUAUGCAACCAAAUUGUACAGAUGAACAUGACGGACAAUCUAAGUGUUUUACAGAAAGUUGUACCGGAAAAUUCAGUUAGUAAAGCUUCAGGAUUGAUUCAGCCUUCUGCUGGCCUUAAAAGUGCUGCGGAUCCUUAUGAAGGGGAGAAAUACAUUGCAAGCAAAGUAGACAUUAUUGAAAAUCAGUGCAUACAAUUGGCUAGACAACUUAAAAGAGCCUGUAAAAGAUUGCUGGAAGAGAAAAAGCGUAAGCAGAUGGAAGAUGAACAAAAGCCACAAAAACAAACUGAGAUUACUUGCAAGGGAAAAGGUGGAUCUAAAUGUGGGGCAAAGGGAAAAAAAGGUGGCUCGAAAAAAGGUUGCAAAGGAAAGAAAAAGGGCAAGGACGCCCUUAAAAAGCAAUGCCAGGCUCUAGCCAAGAAAGAUAAAGCAAAGAAAGAAAAGGCAAAAUGCAAGAAAAUGGCUGAUGCUGAGAAGCAAAAGAAGUUAAAAGCUCAAUGCAAGAAAAUGGCUGCAGCUGAGAAAUGCAAAGGCAAAGGCAAGGGCAAAGGAAAAGGCAAGGGUAAAGGCAAAGGAAAAGGAAAGAAAUGUGGCGGCAGUAAACAAGAUAAGUUGAAGAAACAGUGCAAAGCUCUAGCCCAGAAAGAUAAAUGCAAGAAAUUGGCUAAUGCUGAAAAGAAAAAGAAAGCAGCGGCGAAAUGUAAAAAAUUGGCUGAUGCUGAGAAGCAAAAGAAGUUAAAAGCACAAUGCAAGAAAUUGGCUGCAGCUAAGAAAUGCAAAGGCAAAGGCAAGGGCAAAGGCAAGGGCAAGGGUAAAGGUAAAGGCAAAGGAAAAGGAAAUAAAUGUGGCGGCAGUAAACAAGAUAAGUUGAAGAAACAGUGUCAAGCUCUAGCCAAGAAAGAUAAAGCAAAAAAAGCUGCGGCAAAAUGCAAGAAACUGGCCGCUGCUGAAAAGCAAAAGAAGCUCAAGGCGCGAUGCAAGAAAAUGGCUGAAGCUGCCAAAUGCAAAUCUAAGAAAUCCAAAGGAAAGGGAAAAGGCAAGGGCAAAGGUAAAGGCAAAGGAAAAGGAAAUAAAUGUGGCGGCAGUAAACAAGAUAAGUUGAAGAAACAGUGUCAAGCUCUAGCCAAGAAAGAUAAAGCAAAAAAAGCUGCGGCAAAAUGCAAGAAACUGGCCGCUGCUGAAAAGAAAAAGAAAGCAGCGGCGCAAUGUAAAAAAAUGGCUGAAGCUGAGAAAUGUAAGAAAGGUAAGAAGUAAAGGCUGAAGAGAACUGAAGCGUUCAUGUGCAGAAUCCGGAAUGCGCAAUAGCAUGUUACGUAAUGUUUCCAGAAAACAGAAAAAUAGUUCAGUAGUACUACGAUCAAAAAGUAGCCACAGAAUUAAUGUAAGAGUAGAAAAUAAAGCAAUAAAUAUAUUGUAUGAAUAAACAGAAUUUGCUGAAUAUGCAAGCCAUUG